CCUGCCAACAGAAAUAAUAUAUAUAACUCGGAAACGGAGAGGCGAAGCAGUAGACGGGCACACUCCCACUUCUGUCUCGCCACCAUUACUAGCUUCAAAGCCCAGAUCUCAGUUUCGUGCUCUCUUCGUCAUCUCUGCCUCUUGCCAUGGAUCCGUACAAGUAUCGCCCGUCCAGCGCUUACGAUUCCAGCUUUUGGACAACCAACUACGGUGCUCCCGUCUGGAACAAUGACUCAUCGCUGACUGUUGGAACUAGAGGUCCGAUUCUCCUGGAGGACUACCAUCUGAUUGAGAAACUUGCCAACUUCGAGAGAGAGAGGAUUCCUGAGCGGGUGGUCCAUGCACGGGGAGCCAGCGCGAAAGGGUUCUUCGAGGUCACCCACGACAUCUCUCACUUGACCUGUGCUGAUUUCCUCCGGGCUCCUGGAGUCCAGACGCCCGUCAUCGUCCGUUUCUCCACCGUCAUCCACGAGCGCGGCAGCCCCGAAACCCUCAGGGACCCUCGUGGUUUUGCAGUGAAGUUCUACACCAGAGAGGGAAACUUUGAUCUGGUGGGGAACAAUUUCCCAGUCUUCUUCGUUCGCGAUGCAAUGAAAUUCCCGGACGCGAUCCAUGCGUUCAAGCCGAACCCGAAGUCGAACAUCCAGGAGAUGUGGAGAAUCAUCGAUUUCUUCUCCCACCAGCCCGAGAGUCUGUCCACGUUCGCGUGGUUCUUCGAUGAUGUUGGCAUUCCUCAGGACUACAGGCACAUGGAGGGAUUCGGUGUGCACGCUUUCACCUUCAUCAACAAGACCGGAAAGACGAAUUACGUUAAAUUCCACUGGAAGCCAACUUGCGGGGUGAAGUGCUUGCUGGAGGAGGAGGCGAUCCUCAUUGGAGGAUCGAACCACAGCCAUGCGACCAAGGAUCUUUAUGACUCGAUCGCUGCUGGCAACUACCCGGAGUGGAAGCUCUACAUCCAAGUGAUGGAUCCAGCUCUUGAAGACAGCUUCGACUUCGAUCCGCUGGAUAUGACGAAGGAAUGGCCUGAGGACAUCUUGCCUCUGCAACCAGUAGGCCGCUUGGUGCUGAACAAAAACGUCGAUAACUUCUUCGCUGAGAAUGAGCAGCUUGCGUUUAACCCAGCAUUUGUGGUCCCUGGCAUCUAUUACUCCAAUGAUAAGCUUCUCCAAGCUCGGAUUUUCGCCUAUUCCGAUACUCACCGAUAUCGCCUUGGACCAAACUACCUUCAACUCCCCGUUAAUGCUCCCAAGUGCGCUCAUCACAACAACCACCAUGAUGGUUUCAUGAAUAUCAUGCACAGGGAUGAAGAGAUAAAUUAUUUCCCUUCGAAAUUUGAUCCCGUUCGCCAUGCAGAAAGGUACCCGAUACCGUCUCAAAUCGUGACUGGAAAGCGAGAAAAGGUCAUUAUUGAGAAGGAGAACAACUUCAAGCAGCCAGGAGAGAGAUACCGAUCCUGGGCGCCGGACAGGCAAGAGCGUUUCAUUAACCGCUGGAUCAAGGCAUUGACUGAACCCCGUGUCACCCACGAGCAUCGCUCCAUCUGGAUCUCUUACUGGACUCAGGCUGACAAAUCGCUCGGCCAGAAGCUUGCUUCCCGCCUCAGCGCACGACCGAGCAUGUAAAUGCCACGAGGGGGCGAUUCCGGCAUAAGCGGCACCUGGACGCGGGAGCCGGAAGAAGCAUGAAAGCUAAGUGCCGGCAUGUCUGUUUGCUGUUGGUAUACUGUAAUACUAAGAAGAAUCUUCUGUGUGGAUGCAUGUGAAUUGCUUUACUGCUUUGGAAGGAGCAUAGAAAGCUGUUUUAAGCGUUCUGCUGUACUGUAACACGAGAGAUCGUGUCACGCAACUCUUUCACCUGAUGUUUCUACUCCAAUAAAGGCCGCCAUUUUACCUUGCUUGCUA